CCGCCAUUUUGGAUUCAUUUUUGUGGUUGCAGAAACGCUGCCGUUUCCACAGAGAGACCUUCCGUUCAACACGACCGACUGUAUAACUCGAAAUUUUUUAAAUUGACGCGAUGCCUAAAUCCAAGGAAGUGCUGUCUUCAACAUCCAGCAGUGAUUCAGACAGUGAAGCUGACACAAAGGCCAAACGGAAGAAGCAAAUGACAGAGAAGCCAGCAAAGAAACAGAAGAGUGGGGAGUCAUCAAAGACAUCCGGCGCAUCUAAAAGCGGCGGAGGCGGUAGCAAUAAAAAAGAUAAUAUGUUCCAGAUAGGGAAGAUGAGAUACGUGAGUGUGCGAGAGUUCAAAGGGAAAGUCCUCAUCGAUAUCCGCGAGUACUGGAUGGACCAGGAAGGUGAAAUGAAACCGGGAAAGAAAGGGAUUUCUCUGAACCCGGAGCAGUGGACCCAGCUGAAAGAGCAGAUUGAUGACAUCGACGAUGCCUUGAGGAGAAUAUAAAAGCUGUUCACGAGGCGUUCACUGCUUCUUUCCUCCAUCUGGAUUUCACUUACGUUUUAUAAGUCGGAUUAACAGUACCGUAGUGUGAAUUUUCCGAUUAGGUUUUAGUGUAACGAUUAUCGUAUUUUUCUAUUUCUUUGUGUUUUUAUUCUACUGAUGAAGCAACUGAGAAGCUACACAUUGUCCAUGGUGGGUAUGGUUUUAACUUGUGCUCAUUUUUUGUACAAUAAAGAUGACGGGAAACCAAAA